CCCCUCUUCUCUGUCUGAUGGUACGCGCCCUUCGUGCUCGGGUCAAAGUUUUCCGGCGGGGAAGCGCUGCCAUUUCUACCUCGUCCGGCCAAGAGCAGGGUAUCGUGGCGUCUAGGUCGGGGGCUGCAUGGCGUUGCCAGGUGGAAAUAAAGAUAACAUCAGAGCAGGGUGCAAGAAAUGUGGCUAUCCUGGUCACCUGACAUUUGAAUGCCGAAACUUUCUUCGGGUGGACCCUAAAAGAGACAUAGUUUUAGAUGUCAGCAGCACAAGCAGUGAGGACAGCGAAGAAGAGGAGCUGGGAAAACUGCAGGCCAUUCCAGAAAAAAAGGGAACUUCUGCGGAAGAAGAAAAGAGAAAGACCAAAAAGAAAGGCAAAGAAAAAUCAAAAAUAAAGAAAGCAAGGAAAAGGUCUUGUUCCUCAAGUGCCACAGAAGAGGAUGAGCCUAAAUCGAAAAAGCAGAAAUCCCACAAAAAGGAAAAGAAGGAGAAAAAGAGUAAAUCCAAGAAAAGAAAACAUCACAAAAAGGGGAAAAAGAAGAGAAAAAAGGAGAAAGAUUCUUCAUCUUCUGAUAGCUCAGACUCUUCCAGCAGUGACUGAGGACCAAGCCUAGGGAUGUAGUUCAGUCCUGAUUAGGAGUAUAAUGAUGCCCAGUUAAAAUAUGUAUAUUUUUAUUGAAAACGUCUGUUAUUUAUAAAUAUUUCACCUUACAUUAAA